CGUGGAUGUUUGAUUGCAGUUGAUGUUGUCGUUCUUCUCAUUACAUGGAAAAAGACAUUCCACCAGUGGGUCACCGCGCGGCGCCUCAAGGUGCUGUUGUCAGUCUCGACCUGUCUGCUCACCGAUGGUACCUACUAUUUUUUGAUCCUUCUCGCGUGCAACAUAGCACAAAUGGUUACCGAUACAGAUGAUUUCGUAGUCGUGCAGGCUUUGUGCCAGAUUUUGGCCGCAGAUCCUUAUCUCCCGCUUCAUGCUAAAUCUGCGGUCAAUCGCCCCCAGUACUAGUGGCAGCGCCUCAGCAAGAUCCUCCGUUGCAGACCGCUUCUCGCGGUUCACUGCACCCAACUUUGUCGUUCCAGAGAUUGGCAAUAUCGGGGAGCCGCUUGACCACUUCCAAGUGGAGUCGUUUGCCAUGUGUAACCCGCACGAAGAGCUGGCCGUUGAACUUGGAAAGUCGGGUGGACUCGAUGCUGAAGAAGCCGUCGCGGCCGCUGGCCCUUCUGGGAUUCGCAGCAACGAUGGCUAAGACGUCUGCGCCACACAUGCGCGCAG